AGGUGCUCAAAGAGAACAUCUGCGGAGGUGGCUGUCCCUGCCCGAUGCGAGGGCGAAGAUGUCCAGAACUCGCUGCCGGUGAGCUUGACCGGUUUCUGGAAGAUACAUUCUGUGCGGAGGUUGGCCAGUUCGUAGUCGAGCAUUGCGCUGGUCUUGCAGAGCCCGACAAGGCAACUUUGCUCAUGGAUUUCGAGAGCGGGAAGCGUCGCAUCGCCUUACAGUUGCGGAUCAAGACUGACGCUUGGCGGUGUCUACCAUUGCGCUUGGUUGGUCUUGGCCACCAUGAUCCCACUAUUGCGAGGAGGAGCCCGUUGAAAUCUGUUCAGUGUUCGUGUUUGGAGCGCAGCAGUGUGCCUGGCCCAAUAUCAACGCUGCACCGAACAACAGCGAGCUGGCAUGCACCCGCUCACGCGUGAGCUUCUGGGUCAUCAAGGCCUUGGGUGGGCCAAUAAUUCUGGGGAUCGCCAUCCCCAGGUAGAAUUCGUGGCCAGAUCGUUUCUUUCUUGCGGGGCGUAGAGCUUGAACAGUUACCAGAAUUACGCCGCUACGCGGAUGGUUUUCUAUUCAUGCCGAAUUUGGAAGUGAACGUGGAACGCUUGCAUGCAUUUGCCAGCCAGAGGUUGAAA